ACUACGUUCCUAUUGUCCAACAAUAAAUAACGUUGUUGUUAAAAACUUAAAACUUAGAAGUGAAACGUAAUAACAAUUAACAAACAAACAUGAAAAUUAAAUAUUGUUGACAUUUAUAGGUUAGACAAAUAUAUUGUCAAAUUUAAAUUGUUAUUCUUGUUGUCAGUGUUAAACAAUAACAAUGUUUGAAAAAAUUGAAAUAGGAAUUAUUGAUAACAAUGCUAGACAUGAAGAUACAAUUCUUCAAAUAGCAAAUUGUCUUGAUGAUUUACAAUCAGCAGCUUCAUAUAUUUUUAAAUCAAUUGAUGGCAGACUUGCUGAUUAUAAAAAAAGAUUGAAAAAUGUUAAAAAAAAAACAUGUCGAAUACAAGAUCAAUUGCAGUAUCUUCAGAAUAAUAUGAAUAUGAAAGCAACAAAAAUGUAUUCAGAUUCAAAAUAUCCAGCAAAUUCAACAUAUCAAGAAUACAAAACAAUAAUAAAUAUUGAUGAUGAUAAAAAAUCAAUACUAUUAAAUAAUAAAUCACAAAAAAAAUUAAAUAAUAAUCAAUCAUCAAUAGAUAGAACAAAAAAUGAUAAUUAUUAUUCAACAGAAGUUAAUUUAAAAGAAAAAUUAGAAUUUUAUUAUGUUAAAUCAUCAAAUGAUAAAAAAUCAAAUAUUGAAAUGAAAGAAUCAUCAUCAUUAUUAUCAGCUGAUUGUGUGUCAUCAGUCAGUGCACUUUUGAUAAAUGAAUGUUUGAAAUCUGAUACACCGGUACAUCAUUUAUCUGGAAUAAAUACCAAAGAAAUUCAAGAUGCACCAGAUUCAAUUUCACAACCUUGGCAUUCAUUAGAUUUUGAUUCACCAUCAUAUUUAUAUGCACCAACACUGGGAGAGGUACCACAAAUAAAUGUUCCAGCAUUACUUCCUGAUCUUCCAGGUAUUGUUGAUGAUGAAAAAUUUGUACUUGAUCUCAGUACACAAAGUCCAAUUGCUCCAUCAUCAGCAUUAACAUCACCAAUUGUUAAAGUUGAUCUUCCUGAAGAUGUAUCAAUUGAUCAUUUGGUAGAAUCAUCAAAACUUCCAAAUAUUAGUGAUGAUAUUGUUACAAGUGAUACAGCAGUGUUACCUCCACCACCACCACCUCCUUCUCAUCCAAAAUCUUCUGAGUUGAUUCAACAACAAAAUUCAACAGUUGUUAUUUCACCACAAAUUGAUACAUUACCUUUAUCAUCUUCAACAUUACCUCCGCCUCCACCUCCACCACCACCUCCUCCUCCAGUAGCACCAGAACCACCAACAACAUUAACAAUAAUAAAAAAAUCAUCAACAGAUCAAACAGUUGAUGCUAAAAAUAAUAUUAAAAUACCAAUUGCUCCUGUUGAUGACAGGACAAAUUUAAUGGCAGAGAUACGUGCUGCUGGUGGUAUUGGUAAAGCUAAAUUAAAACAAAAACCAACUGAUUCAACAACAGAAAGAUGGUCUUCAGCAUCAGUUGGUGGUGAUUUAAUGGCUGAUCUUCAUGCAAAAUUAUCCCUUAGAAGAAAAGGUAUUGCUGGUGGUGGUAGUGGUGGUACUAAUGGAAGUGGCAUGAGUGCAUUGGAAAGAAUAUCAAGACUCAUACCUCCACCACCAAAGCCAAGUGAAGAUAUUAAUUCAGCAAUAAGUGAUAAUGAUUCACAAGUUGACGCUGAUGAGUGGGACGAUUAACAUCAUUGACUAUUCCAUUUUUUUUUUUUCUAAAAUAAAUAAUAACAUGUAAUUAUCAAUUAUUAAUAUUUAAAUAUAAAUCAUUCCUUAUUGAUUAGGAACAAUAACACAGUCUAAAAAAAAAAAAAAAUUAUUAAAUUUGAAAAAAACAAAAAAAAA